AUGAAGCAUUUUGCCUCCAUCACCUUCUUCUCUACGCUCGUCGCGUACGUCAGCUGCCGUGCAGUCGACGUGAGCGCCAGAGCUGCCGCCGGCACCUACCCAGCCAACUUCAAACCCAACUUCAAGAAUGAUUACAGCGUCACGAUUAACAAGCCCAUGUCCGUCGUCUUCCCCGUGCUGGGGACGAAGCAAGGCCUGAAGGAGACGGUUCUCCUCUCCAACAUCGCUUCCAAGUUCGCCGCUGGCAAACUUGACACUGUCGCGGUCAGUGGGCCCCUGGAGAAAGCGUUCGUGCGGACGCUUCCAUCAGGCCCCGCUGGCAAGGGCUUCGAACGCCAGGCCUUUUCUUACACGGAAACAAUCAAAAUUAUCCCUGGCCUUGACUUCACCAACAUCGUCGUAAACCUGGCUGGAACCUUCACAUCAGACCCAGCGCGCAAUGUUUCUCUCUACGAGACUACCUCUGACUCCAAUGUCACCGUCCGCAAAACGCGCAUCUUCACCGAGUCGAACGGUAAGACGACCGUGACAGAGCACAUCGACGGCCAAUGCGCGCCCAUCCAGCAACCCAUCGUCCAGCUCACUGCCGCCUCAGCACACAAGCAACAGAUGGACUUGACUGGUGUUUUCCCGCGUCCAUCGCUGCAUUCGAUCGUCAUUUCUCAUGACUCAAAGCACAUCGCGCUCGUGGCGUAUAUACCACGAGGAUGGUGCAUUCUUGAUUCUCUCCAGUUGCGAGAAGUUGAUUUCCAGUCCACAAUGCCCUGGAACCCCAGCAGGUCUCUGCACACGGCCAACACAACAACUAGCCGUUCCCCACGCUCUACAUCUUCCAAAUCCCGACUUGGCUUCGACCAUGUUCGCAAGAUAUCUCCCGGCCUCGCCGACUACAGAAAGAGCCCGGUGAAGCCAAAGUACUGCUUUGGGUGGCUUAUGAGCGAUGGAGAACUACGCGCAAUGACACCAGAGAGCCUCCAUUGGCAGGAAGCGCCGACAAGGUCCUUUGUUUUUUGUGCUGUAAAAGAGUGUUGUGCUCAGCAUGGUGGGAGCUUCGAAGUUUCCGUGCACACACUAGGAAAUUUUGGAACAGACCUGAUGGGAAGAAGCCUGGUCUCCUUCACCUUCGUGCAGUUCGCUAACAAUAUGAGCUCUGAGGGUCUAGCUAGCGCGGAAGAUAAGGUCAUCAUUGACUCCCUUACCACGCUGCUGAAAGCGGAGGACAAUUACCCAGUAUGGUUGUUGGACGAUUAUCGUGUCUGA